GGCCGUGCGCGUACUCGCGUGCCCGCGCGCCCGCGCUCGGGGGUUGGGGCCGCGGGGCCUGCGUGCGCGUCCCUCCGCUAAGGCUCGGGUGAUCUUUUCCCGCCCCACGCGUCAGGCGUGGGAUCUGCAGGGCAGGGCGGGUGAUUUCUGGGGUGAAGGAACCCUAAGGCCAGAGGGCAGAGACCCGGGAGCCAGCUGCCUAAGGCCGAGGCCAGGUACGGUGGGAGACGCCGGGCCGCGCGGCGCCGAGCCGGCUUUCUGUUUUGGCUCCCUCCGGGUUUUGCUCCCUGACCUUGGAUAGUCAGCUUUCUCUUCCGGGGCUUAAUGUUCUCAUCAUUGAAAUGGGGUGUUUGGACCCCUUGUCUAGCCAGGUUUUUCUGCCCUAAACUUUUGGGGACUGCUGCUUCUCUGAUGUGUUGGACUUGCAGUGUUAUUAACGAAGCUGAGAAGAAGGAAAGCCGUUUUUUUCUUUCCUUUCAGGAUGUUAGGCGCUCAGUUGUUGGUGAGGCUGGCAGGCACUAUGCAGAGUUAGCACCUCUGGGGGCUUGAGUCUGCACAGACCGCGACUGGAAAAUCUGGCUGCAAGGCGGGUUCCCAAAGGGACUGUCAGGAGUCUCAGCAGGCACUUGCUCCCCCUGGGCUUUGCUUACCUUCGUGUAGGGCUCCCUGACUUGUGUGCUGAAGACUGGAGCGGGGCUGAGGGGGGUGGUAAAUGGUUAGCAUUUUCCCUUGGGGGCCUGCCUGCACCCUCUCAGCCUUGUAGCUUCAUUGCUGGAUGAGGAUCUACUUGGGGUGGGGGUGGGGCUGGACCCAUUCUGACCUCUGGUUCAAAUCCAUUUAGUUCUGCAUGGCUCCUUUCAGUCUCCUCCUUGGUUCAGCCUAGGAACAUCUAGUUCGUCCUCUAUCGAAGUUGCUCGCCUUUGCUGCCUGGUUUCCUCCUCACCUCCCUGGCAGUUCUCUCUCAGUGCAUUUUCCCCAGAGGAUGGUGAUUCCUGAAGGGGAGGGCUGAGCAAACGCUUGGUGUUGUACUCCUGGUUUUACAGUCCAGGGUCUGACCCUAGAGGCUUCUCAGGGAACGUUUGCGGUUACUGCCUUCUUGCAGUAAUCAACCUUUUUCUAAGUGUGAAUCUUGUGAACAUGGAACCAUAGGACAAUCCUAAGUUUCUGUCCUUGUCUCCUCUCUAGGAAACAGAGGCAAAGGAGAGUACCUUGCUCAAGGCCACCCAGAUGGGAAGUAGUUGGGCUGGGCAGGUUACUUUUAGCCAACACACACAACCUUGGGUGUGUGGCUCUGCUGAUUGGUUCUCUGUGGGCAGCUGAGGGGGCUGAUGUGGGUGCUGUGAUUUCUGCCCCCAACACAAUGCUGCUUUUGUGGGAUUUUGCAACCAGUGGAUCCUUCUGUGCAGCCUCAGGCUUGAGCAACUCCAGCCUGUGUCAGCUCCUCCCGGCCUUUUGAACACUCCAGUACUGUGAGGCUUCACUGAGAGGGCCUGAGUCCUCCGCCAGGAGUACAGAUGUCAAGGUUGUAUCUGCCUGGUGGCCUAGAAGUUGAUCAGAGGCAGCAGGGGAGCACAACCUUGCAUCUGUUUCACGGUUUUUGUGCCUGUUGGGUGUAUAGAAGGAGGAGGUACGAUAAAGUAGGCUGGUAAGUACUUUGUUUGAGACUGCUGUUGUGAAUUGGGCUGAGGACGAGGAGACCCUGUCGUCCCAUUAGAAGUCUUGCAGGCUGACUGGAAUUUGUUUCUGUAUCAUGUCUAGGAAACAUGCUUUCUUCUGAUCCACUCAAAGGUGAUUUCAUGAAUUAGCUGCAAGGAAGCCAGACCAGGCCCACAGAUAUGAGAGCUCGGGUGCUGUGGGCUGAGACCCUGGAGCCACAUGCUAGAAUCUUCUACAACUCUCCUUCUACUGAUAGCUUUGGAAGGAGCAUGUCUUGACCAUAAACAGGAAAACCAUGUUGAGGAAAGAACGGAACCUGGGCUGUGGGCAGAGUACUGAACACCAGGGGAACACUGCCGUUGUAGACACUCUGGCACCAGGGGAACACUGCCGUUGUAGACACUCCUGCCUCCUCACCUGCUUUUUCCAUGGGGGCACCUUGGGGUAGAACUUGGGGAACCAGGGCUUGUGCAGCAAGUGCUUUUACCUGUGGAGUCAUCCCCCUGACCCCAGAUCCUUCUGUUCCGAACAGGAAUCCCCACACUCCCACUUUGCAGGUCAUCCCAGCCUCGUGUAACUGCUCCUGUUGAAGCCUUGAGCUACACAGCGAAGAGGCCAGAAGGCUCAGUGCCUCCCUGAAGGCAAGUGGAGGUGAGACGCUGCCCGGUGUGAACUGCACCCCUAGAAACAGGAAGUAGAAGCUAGACCGCUGUCUGUCUGCCAUGGCUUGUGAACCUCCCUCAGAUCCUGGUGGGGCAGCUGGUCCUCUGCCCACCUCCACCCUGGGCUGCAGCACCCUGCCUCAGGGGAACCCUCCUGGCUGGGGGGAAGAGCUACACAAUGGCCAGGUCCUCUCAGUCCUCCGGAUCGACAACACCUGUGCACCCAUCUCCUUUGACCUGAGAGUUGCAGAAGAACAGCUGCAGGCCUGGGGCAUUCAGGUCCCUGCUGAGCAGUAUAGGAGCUUGGCUGAGAGUGCGCUUUUGGAGCCUCAAGUGAGGAGGUACAUCAUCUACAACUCCAGGCCCAUGAGGCUGGCCUUUGCUGUGGUGUUCUAUGUGUUGGUGUGGGCCAACAUCUACUCCACCAGCCAAAUGUUUGCCCUAGGCAACCAGUGGGCAGGUGUGCUGCUUGCGACCCUGGCCGCUGUCAGCCUGACCCUGACUCUUGUGCUGGUCUUUGAGAGGCAGCAGAGGAAGGCUAACACUAACACAGACCUGAGGCUGGUGGCUGCCAAUGGAGCCCUUCUGAGACACCGAGUGCUGCUGGGGGUGACAGAUACCGUGGAGGGAUGCCAGAGUGUGAUACAGCUCUGGUUUGUCUACUUUGACCUGGAGAACUGUGUGCAGUUCUUGUCCGAUCAUGUCCAAGAAAUGAAGAGGAGUCAGGAGUCCUUGCUGAGAAGCAGAUUAAGCCAGCUAUGUGUUGUCAUGGAGACUGGAGUGAGCCCCGUGGUGGAAAGGCCUGAGGACUUGGAAGAUUCUCCCCUCCUGCCCAGAACUCCUGGUCCUCAGGAGAGACCACUCACACAGACUGAACUCUAUCAGCUUGUUCCAGAGGCUGAGCCAGAGGAGAUGGCCCGGCAACUGCUGGCAGUGUUUGGUGGCUACUACACCCGGCUCCUGGUGACCUCUCAGCUCCCUCAGCCAAUGGGAACACGACACAUGGACUCUGCAAGGAUCCCAUGCCCCUGCCAGCUCAUAGAAGUACACAUUUUGGGCACAGGAUGUUGCCCAUUCCUGGCCAGGUGACCUAGGGAUGAAGGUGUUCAUCUUCCUCCAAGACUAAGAAGUAGGGGAGGAGUCAGGAGCCCAGCAUGGCCACCAGUGAGCUCAGAUGAGGUCAGCGUUUGGAGACACUUUCUCAAGUGUCAGUCAUGUAGGCCUUUGGGUCAUCAAGUGCACACCAGAUGUCUUCUUGGCAUCAUACUCUGUCCUGGCCUUGCUGAAUCUGGUGGCUGAGCUGGUGGCUGGCCUUGCAGCCUGGAUGGAGGAUACUGUCUGUUGCCUGUCAAGGCCUAGGGACCUGCAGCUGACUCCACAGGGCAAGUGCCUGACCCUGGGGUCAGAAAGUGAGACCAAGGCUCCAAGGAGACGCCCAUCUUUCAGCGGUGCCUCAGUCUGCCGGUCACAACCUACCUGCCCUCAAUGUGAGGGAAGAUUCUUGGAAGGGUGAGCUAGCUUGUGAGUGACAGUACCGUCUGGGAUUGUUGUCUGUUAGCACCAAGGUUAGAGAGGGCUAGGGUUGGAGGAUGGGUGAGGAGACAAAAGCCUGGCAGAUGACCAUCAACAAGGGGCACUGGAAAAGAAGCUCCUGUUAUACUCAGUGACUUUGCACUGGCUUGCUGCUUGUGAAUGUGUUUCUCUUCUGCCAAGCAGCAGUGGUGUUUUCUGACACUAACAUUGUUCUGGAAUGAGGUAUGAUUAGACACUCUGGGUUUAUGUGAAGAACUCAGCGACUUUCCCAAAGUUGGAAGACUGUCUACAGCCCUAUGCCCAGAGCCCUGGACUCGUGUAAAGGUCCUGCUCCAUGAACCAGCCUUUGUGGUUUUUGUCCUCCACAAAUCAUCAUUAUAAGUUGGAACUCUUCCUGGAACUGGCUGGCAUAUGCAUUCAUUCCUGUUGGACUCUUAUUCAUCCUUCAAAACCCUACUUUUCAUAUCCUUCCUGCUGCUUUCUGUCUCACUGAAAUUCUGAUGGAACUGCCCCCCUUAUGGAUGUUUUAUGUUAUUCAGUGUUUCUCCUGUACAUACCUCUUUUUCUAUCAAGACUGUAAACUCCUCAAGGUCCAACACUGCACCCACCUUCCUUUUGGGAAUGACUUGGACUUGUUUAGAAAAAAAAAACAAUUUUGAAAAGUCCCAUGGAUUGGUCGCCUUGCCCUCUCCACCCAUUGUGGCAAAUGCUUCUGGAAGACAUGGUUGAAUGGUAAGGCCCAGGUCGUGAUGGACCAGAGGUCUGGUCUGCAGCUGUGUCACUCUAUUUGUGCACCCUCUGUUUGCCCAUCUCUACAGCUGGAUGAUUUUGGUGAUUUCCAGCUUGUGCUGUUUGUUAUUCUUACCUCCGUGCACAAAGUGCUCUCCUGCCCCCAAACUGAGGGGUCCUUGGUGGGGACUGACCUAAAAUAGUAACCUGGAUUCUUGUUGCACACCUGCCACAUCCAGGGCUGCGUGACCAUGGCUGAGUGCACUGCUUCUCUGUGUGUCCAAUGAUUCCUUUAUAGAUUGAUGCAGUGAACCACAGUGGCACAGCUCAGGAGAUUUUCUGGGUGAGACAUGCCCUACUUCCUUGCAUUCUUUGUGUCCAAGAUGGAGGAGUCCCCCAGCCAUGUGUCAUGGCAGCUUUGCUCAGUGCAGUUAUUCACUGUCUUUUGAGCCACAGAAAAUGUCACUGUGAAGUUGAUCAAGGGAAGCCUGUGCUUGUCCUCUGUUCACAGACUCUUGAGCAUGAUGGUGGAAACUAAAACUGUUUGGUGAGUGAGAGAGUUGCUCAUGGAGGCUUGGUAUGGUCCUUCCACAGUUUUCCUGCCUGCCGGAUGGGACUUAUGGGGUGAGCCCACAGUAGACCUUCUUUGUGUGUGCCUCGGUUUCCUCAUUUGUAAAAUCCACGUGUCUCACCUGCUUCACAAAGUCGUCAUGAGGAUGAGCCAUCCAGCCUUUUUUUUUUUUUUUUUUUUGAAAAAAUAUCUUUAAUCCUAUCCCUGUGCAGGUGAGGUCUGGGAGUUAAACUGAGGUCCUCAGUAAGAGUGGUUUAUGCCCUUACUUCAGCACCAUCUCUACAGCCGAGUGCUCCUAAGUCUUAAGGCUCAAUACCCAUAAGAGGCAGGAACCAUGGACAAACCGCCAUGCAGGUAGGAACAGUCAAAGCCAAGUCCUGCCUGCCAUCUUGUCUCUGUCCCUUCAGACACCGGGGAGGAAAGCACAUCCUCCAGAUGUUUCAACCUGAAUAGCAACAACCUUCAGUGCUUGCAACACCAAAGCUGUCACAAAGCCGGAGCAGGAACUCCAUAACCUGUCGCCAUUUCUCAUUUAUUCUUGUUGUCUGGUAUACAGUAGGUGCUCAUAUGUGUUUGACUCUUGCCUCAUGCUCAAUUAUUCCAGUACCUCAGGGUUAUGUAUGCAAAUAAAGAUUUAUCAAAUCUCAA